CUACACGUGUUUGGGGUGCUGGUGAGGGGCCACAGAGUGAGAGAGAGAGCACUGCGUGUAUUACGUGAUGUCAAACGCUGUUCUAUUUAUAAUGAAUCAUAGGGCCUGUGGCACACCGCGUUUACUCGGAAGGACACCUCAAAGGGCACUCACUGUGCCUGACACUACUAAAGUGGUGUAAAGGCUAACUGCUCAAGGACUUCUGCACUCCACACCACCGAACAGAGCUGACUGCGUAACGUUGUUGCUCAAUGGACGACUUUGACUACAGCUUGCACAUCUCCGAUCAAGACUGGGAUACUUUUUAUCAGGAAUGUGAGGCUUGCAACUUGCUCUCUCCAGGACUUGCCAGCCGAGAGGAUUCUGGCAUGAGUGACAUUGAUGAGAUGGGGUGCCACCUUCUGGACCUGACCCCACUCCCAGCAUCCGCGGAGGCUGAUCUAGACGGUCCUCCGGACUGCGAAGGUUCGCCUGUAGACCAUUACCUGAGCAAAUAUGGGAUACGUAGCCCAGAGCAGGUUCUCUCUGGCAGUGAGGAGGAUCUGCACCUUCAGACUGUCAAUCUUUUCUUUGAGCAGGUUGAAAAGUGUCACGGUAAAUGAACAGCCAUUAGAACAAAGCCAUGCGGCAAAUUGCCAAAGUGAGAAGAUGGACCAUCUGGCAGGUUUGAUUGAUAAGCAGGUUAUUCAGUCUAUAGGUAUUUGUCCAUCUGGCAGAAAUGCGGCCAGUCUUAAAGGUGAGAUCACUAAGCAGGGUGAGGCUGAUACCUGGGGCAGUACAGCUUUGGAAAAACCUAUAAUGGCCACCUUUACUAAUGCACAGGCUCGUGCAUCAGAUUCCACUGAAAGAGAGACGGCCGUUGGAGGGGGGUCAUUGUCAUCUCAUCUAAUUACAGUAGGAAUGAAACAGGAGCAGGAAAAAAGGUGUUAUCAUCUCAGCUGCACAGAGAGCACAGAGCUUAAGCAGAAACCUGAAACAAAGCCACCAGACAAACCGAAAAUGGCUAACUUGGACAAAUGUGACCGACUCAAAUCCAGCAGGAGAAAGCAUUGCUCAGCUGAACACCGGAAACAUUUCUGAUUCAAACGAUUCACCAGUCUGUCAGUUUCCAGUGUCACCACCUAAUCUCAGGAGGAAGAGGAGGAAGAAGAAGAGGAUGAGUAGUGAACCCGGGGAGCCGGGUCAUGGCUAUGAGGCUCAGUUCCGGGUCCAUCAAAGUGAAUCGGAGGAAGAGAGAUUCAUUCAGAGAGAAGUGAUAAACAGUCUUCCUACACAUUUCCUAAAAAGAGAGCACUCAUCACUCCCAAGAGUUAAAAUGUCAUCAGUAUCAUUCAAUAAUGAGAAUUUACCGCUAUGCUUUAAUGUUGCUUCAGCUGACUUGAAGUGUUCGAAAAAUUUGCCGUUAUCUUUCACCAACUUUGGUUUUGACACAAAGACUCAAGUCGGGUGUACAAGCAUGUACAAUAUUUCCAAAUACACAAAUGAUAUAUCUCUUGUAAACAGUGGACAGUUGAAAGCAGAGGUCUGUCAGAAGUCCAUAUUACCCCAGAUGGAUACAGUACUACAUAUACAAGAAAAUGAUGUUGAAGUAAAUCAAAUACAAACUGAUUCUGCUAUACAGUUAAAAGACACACCAAGUUCACCAAGUAUUAAAGAAACCUUAUCAGUGUCUCAAAGUGAUAAAUCUGCUGCAGGAUGUCAAAGGAAAUCCUUAUUAUCUCCUAACAUUUCCAGUGCAGCUGAUUCAACCAAGCCUCUUUCCUCUUCAGUCUCUUUAAACCUGGCUGUGGACGCAUGUAAAGAUGUAUCCUGUAUGGGAAAUGAGAUUGACUGCUGUGCAUUUAAAAGUGAACAAAGCUCACCAAGCAAAUGGAAGAUGACCGGGACUUCAGACACCCAACAAAGUAAUUUGUCUAUGACUGAGAACAUAGAUGAAACUGAAUCUUGCCUUGAUGGAAACAGUCCAAAAAGAUUUUCACAAAAAGGAGAACUUGUUCCUCCUACGGACAUUCAACAGAUAAAUAACAGCAGUGAGGUAUUAAAUAUGAAUUCAUCACUGAUAAAACCAGGAAGUUUAACAGAAGAAUCAGAAGUAAACUAGACAACAGUGUAACUGAAGAUGUCAAUAUAUACCAUGCUGUCGAAGAGAAGCGUAUUGGUGAGUUAAGUGAUAAGACAACCAGUUCAAGUGAGCAUAU